CCUCCGCAUCGCUCCCCCUUUUUUCUCUUUUCUGCAGCAUCAGUACCGAGGGCGCACAAGCACACUGUGAAAAAGGACAAAAAGGGGGAACACUGCUAUUUUUUUAAGAAAAAGACAAAAAACAAAAACACUCAAUCCGUUCUUUAAGGAAGAAAAGAAAAGAGGAGAUAAAGAGAAAGGAGGAGAAAAACCGCUGGACGGCUGGAAGAAGAGCUGGAAAAGCCGCUUGGUGUUCAUUCUGUUCCUUAUUGUCAGUAAGCAGCGCACGACGGCGGGGCAGCGAUGAAGGACCGCACACAGGAACUGCGGAGUGCUAAGGACAGUGAUGAUGAUGAGGAAGUCGUUCACAUUGACCGAGGAAACUUUAUGGACGAGUUCUUCGAGCAGGUGGAGGAGAUUCGUGGCUGCAUCGAGAAGCUGUCAGAGGACGUGGAGCAGGUGAAGAAACAGCAUAGCGCCAUACUGGCAGCUCCCAAUCCUGACGAAAAAACCAAGCAGGAGUUGGAGGAUCUCACAGCUGACAUUAAGAAAACAGCCAAUAAAGUACGCUUAAAAUUAAAAGCAAUUGAGCAGAGUAUUGAACAGGAGGAGGUGAUGAACAGAUCAUCAGCAGACCUGCGAAUCCGCAAGACACAGCAUUCCACCCUGUCACGUAAGUUUGUGGAGGUGAUGACCGAGUACAACACGACGCAGUCCAAAUACAGAGAUCGCUGCAAAGACCGUAUUCAGAGGCAGCUGGAGAUCACUGGAAGAACAACCACCAAUGAGGAGUUGGAGGACAUGCUGGAGAGCGGCAAACUCGCUGUCUUCACAGAUGAUAUUAAAAUGGACUCCCAGAUGACCAAGCAGGCCCUGAACGAGAUCGAAACUCGUCACACGGAGAUCAUCAAGCUGGAGAACAGCAUCCGCGAGCUGCACGACAUGUUUGUGGACAUGGCCAUGCUGGUGGAGAGUCAGGGGGAAAUGAUUGACAGAAUUGAGUAUAACGUGGAACAUUCGGUGGAUUAUGUAGAGCGAGCCGUUUCUGACACUAAGAAGGCCGUUAAAUACCAGAGUCAGGCGCGCAAGAAGAAGAUCAUGAUCAUCAUCUGCUGCGUAAUCCUGGGUGUGGUCUUGGCGUCCACCAUCGGAGGAACUCUGGGCUUCUAGAGUCAGCGAGCGCAGAAGAGCAAAUACACCAGACGUAUAUAUAUAUAUACACACACAUAUAUAUAUAUAUAUCUCAUCGCUAGGAGAUACAGAAGCUCCUGUCGGGUUAUAAAUCACAUAAAAACAAAAACACACCAAAAAAACAAAAACAAAGUAUAACUAGUGGCGUAAAUCAUAUAUGAGAAGAGACGGAAUCGAAUAAAUCAAUAAACCUUCUAUUUACACACUGUACAUGUAAAUGUAAUGAACAGGAGAAACAGCACAUGGUUUAACAACCUGUACAAAUAUAAAGCUCUUCAUUUGCUUCUUCUUUUUAGUUUUUUGGUUUGUUUUGUUUCUUUUUUAGUUUUUAAGCAUUUCAUUUUUUCAGGAUGUUUAUUCCAGGACAGCGCUGACGUCCGGUUCGUUUAGAACGCUCAGAUCGUACACUUCCUCCGGAGGGUAUGUCAGAAAACACGAGUGAAUUACGUCCUGGUUUCGUCAGGAGGGACUCGGUGCACCGACACCAUCGUCAGCUCAUUAAACACAACGCUUCCUUUCAGCAAGCCAAAAAAUUGAGGCAGGAAAAGAGACAGAGGUGUUAAACAGACGUAGAGGACGUGGGCACGCGGUCACGCCAGCACAAGUCUCGACACGAGACACGGGUUCAACUAUGCAGCUUUCUUACAGACACAGACCUGCUUUUACUGUCACCUUCAAGUGGAGCUGAAAUAGUAUUAUAAAGAAAUGAUAAAAAAAAGCAUCGAAAUUAAUUCUAAACAAAAAGUUGUGGAUUCUAGCGAAGGCUAACAGAUUAGCAUGUGAACAGAAGUGUGCUAAUAUUUCACUAACUUAUGAUUUCGACAUGUAACAAACCGCUGCUUUAUUUUUAUUUGCAGAGUUUAAGACUGAAAUGAUGACAUCACUUUUUAUUUAUUAACAACGUUUAUAUGCUCAGAGUUAUAAACCCUAAUGACUGAUGUUCGGCUGCAUCCCAAACUCUUAGCUGCACCUCACACAGGAAACCGCACCCUGUUUAGGACUCCAUCAGAACAGGGAAGGCGUGUACUAGAGGGCGUGUUUGUGGGCGGAGCUUACCAUCAGAUGAAUAAUGAACAUAUAUGUGUUGUGUUUGGUGUGGAGUCGAGGCUUGAUGUGACCUGUGUCAGUGUUAGUGUCUGAUUUCUCUUCCGCAGUAUGAACUAUUAAAGCCUUGCCAAAGACGCUCUGAUUGGCUGACGCAUGUCCCCAUCACCGCAGUCACAGUCCUGUGUGUGUGAUGAUGGAUGAUGAUGAUGUCCACCAACAUACUCAUCUUUUUGAUAUUAACGAUAGGGGUGUUUUUUUUUUUUUUUGUGAAGUAUGUGAAGCU